ACUAAAAAUGGCUGGUUUGGGAAUUUACAAACUGGACAACGGAGAAUGUUUUCCUACAAACUGUUUCCCGAUUCGGUCAUUUCAUCAGAGUAAAGAAGGAGCAGGGCAUUGGUUAAUUGUCCACAGAGGGAGUGUGGACGACAGAUACAAGAUCCUAAAACAACCAACAUCGGUACAACACUUUUGUACAAGACCAUCGGGUCAGCCUGGAUGUGAAAGACCUGAGCAAAGGACACCUAAAAGUUCUGGAACCACUUUAAAUGGACAGAUUUUGAUGGCUCUGCACUGUGUGGACAGACCAUCUGAACUCUGUUCUGUGGACAUAAGUGAAAGAAAGCUGGAGUCGGUUACACUUGAAGGUUUGGAGGAAUUUGACAGUGUUGCUUAUGUGAAUGCUUCUGACAACCAUCUAACCCUAGAGGCUUUUAGCAGGUUUCCUGCACUGAGGGAGCUGGAGUUGUCUUUGAAUGGCCUCAGCACUAUGGAAGUUGAUGCUGUAGAUUUUCCUAGAUUAGAGGUCCUGGACCUGUCUUAUAAUAAUUUAUCAAGUGAUGGUAUAUUAGCCAUUGGCCUUCUACCAAGAUUAAAGGUGCUUCAGCUGACUGCAAAUAAUUUGCAGACACUUCCACCUGAUAUGGCUGGCCCUAAUACUCCCCAUGGUGAUCUGGCUCCCAAGUCCAACACAUUGUUUCAGACUCUUGAAGUGUUGGUGCUGGAUGAUAAUAAACUGUCUUCUUGUGUCUUUCAAAGUCUUUCGAAUCUAAAAAGGCUUCAACAUUUAAAUUUAGAAGGAAACUACAUAUCUGAAGUCCCUUACCUUCAACCUAUGCCACCGCUACAGGUGCCAGGCUGCUCUAAUUCCAAAGUGAACCGACAAAAGCAUUUUAAUAUGGAGACUGUUAUGGAAUCACCACAGUUGGUGGAUGAGGAAGAUUUCUGUGCACCAUUUCCAGAGCUUCAAUAUCUGAAUCUGGCAAACAAUAAGAUAUUUGAAGAAGAGGCAUUAUUGGCAGUGGCAUUGCUUCCUUUACUCAGUGAACUUGUUAUCCACUCAAACCCACUGACUACACAGAGGCGUGGUGACCCACCAAUGUUGACCUGGUUUCUUCAAGACAGACUUGGUAUUAAAAUGAGACGUAAGAAGUCACCUGAUAUUGUAAAACCACAUCUUUUGCUCCCUGUCAACCCGAAAAGAAAGGUAAAAACUAAAAUCCCAAGGGUACCAAAGGUUUCCUUGAUCACAGCAGCCUUGUGUGUUUCAGAAAUCCCUUCUACAGACAAAGGUACUAAAACAAACAGACCUCGACCAUCAGACUUCAAGUCCACUGACACGUUGCUCCCCAGCUCCUUACAAACUAACAAUAAGGACAUGGAGAAGAAGAAAGUUGUCACUGCUUCCAUUGUAUCAGAGCCUUUGGAAAGGGAAAAUUUAGAAAUACACAGUGAGAGUCAGCAAAAUGAAGAAGCAAUCUUUGUAACAGAGGUAAAUUAUUUGCUUGAACCUGAGUAUCAGGACAGAACAGAGGAGACAGUGGACAUCACCAAUUUUGGGAGGAAUGAUGCCAAACAAUACCCAAAGAAACUCCUUGGUUAUGAAGCUCUACUAGAUGAUAAUCUGGACUUGGACAUGCCCAAGCCUGUAGGAAUUCAGCAGACUGUGAGGGCUCUGGAGUACACGCUGAAGAACCUGCUUGUGUACAGAGAUUCCAAAGCAAAUCUUGAUCAUCUACAGAAACCGUAUAAAGAGCAACCAAAAAGAAUAAGGAAUUUGCUUCCUGCAAGACCACGAAAAACAAAAGGAGAGAAAGUUAAAGAAAUUCUCACAGAAAUGAAAGAAAGGAAAACAAUAAGUGAAGUCCCUUUGGAUAAUGUUCUUCGAGGCAAAGCUAUAUCCAGGAAUGAAUAUGAAAAAGCACUGAUAUUACUAAAGGAUAUGAAGAGCAAGUACAAGAUGAUCCACCUGAACUCAAUGGAACAAGCAGCACAAAUUGAGAGCAACUAUCGUUAAAAGGAAGAGUAAGGGAAAAUCCACUAAAAUAAAUCAAAACCUUAAUCAGGGAUCGGUAAAAACUUUUUUUGUGUGUGUGUAUUUUGUUGGUCCAAGAAGUUAUUUUUUUCCAAAUUCAUUUAUACCUCAGCACUGUUGAAUUUUUGAUUCUGAUAGAUAUCAGAAUCGGUGUCACAGGGUGUUGAUUAAUUUUCUGUAACUGCAGCUCUGAAAGUAGUGACAGCUAUAAGGCAAAUAAUUUUCUUUUAAUGUGCUCAUUCAAAUAAUUAUCUUGUUUAUAGUAAUAACUACUCAUGGAGUUGUAUGGCAGAUGCUACACAUAAACAAUAAAAAAAAUGUGUGUAAUUGCUGAUACUGUGACAUUUUCUAUGAGGAGACAUUUAUCUAACAUUUUUGGGAGGGGUCUCUAGUGUCAGUACUUCAUAACAGUUAGGUGAAAUGCUGUAACUAAGUUUUCUGACACAGAAUACACUUCAAAUCAGGCUGCUUUUCAUUUUGUGGUUUGUUGAUAACAUGACAAGCAUGGGAUUUAUUUAUUUAUUUUUGUCUAAUUAACUUCAAGAGAGAAGGAAAAAGAUACUGGUGACAGAAAGACUGCUAUAUAUUUAUAGUUGCUGUAAUAUCAUACGGUAGAAGCAGCUUGUUUCACAGAUGUUCCACAACAUCAAAUGUAUACAUAGAUAAAAUGUAUGAUAUCUAAUUCUAAACUUAAUUUUAAAAAUUGCUAGCAAAUUGAUGUGGUAUAAGCAUAAUAAAACACUUGUGCGUGUAUU